AUGUCGGACCCCCCACAAAACGAGCUGUCGGCCACGGUGCCGCCGCCUCCAGCAUACUAUAAAUUCUUUACAAACGAAAACGUCACUAAAAAAAGAGAUGCUGCAUCCAAGGGAACGCCUGUAGAGUUCCCACUCACACUUCUAGAGCCACCUGCGCCGCCAGAGUCGCCCGGAGCAUACCGAAGUUUUGGGAACGUGUGGCAGACUGAUAACAAGCUCAUGUCGCUAAAGGAUGUAGGGAUAGCACAGUUAUAUUCAGACAAUGAUGAUGGCAAUGAUAAAUCUCAAGAGUCGAAUAGCUUAGCACAGGAUACAACCAGAGUAGUGCCACGACGGGCGCAGGAACUCAAGAAAUUAGUUGCAACGCUGCUGGUGAAAUUUGUGGAGCUUGCCGGGGUCAUGUCGGUACAACCAGAGGGAUUCCCUGCGCUUGUGGAAGAUAUGCGGAUAGUACUAAUCAAUGUGCACCACCUGCUGAACGAGUACCGGCCGCACCAAUCGAGGGAGUCGCUAUUAGAAUUGUUGGAGCAGCAGAUUGCGGCCAAGCGAGAGGAGAUUGGCAAAUUACGGGAAUCAAAUGACGAAAUUAGAGAUCGCAUUGCUAGUUUGUCGACAAGAUUUCGGCGGUUGUUGACGGAAGAAAAAAAGGAGGAACAGGAAGCAGCGGCGGUGGCAGCAACAGCUACAGCAGCAACAGCUACAGCAGCAACAGCAACAGCGAUGAAUGACGGUGCACUGCAAUCAGGAAUAGCAGCAGCAGUAGGGAAUAGUGGGGUUGUCUCAGGACACAAUAAGCAUAAAGCACUUUCUGCACGGACGCUGGAUCAGCUGUCGUGGUCUCUGCUAGACUAUUCUCGGCCCGCAUAA